AUGGCCUUUUCAUAUAGUUUCCCUUGGCUUCCUCUUCUCCUCCUAGUUGCUGUAUCACUGACCACUACUGCAUCGGCUGAUCAAGCCUUAAUUGAUUCCAUUUGCUCCACCACCAGCAACCAGACUCUCUGUCACCAAAUUCUCAGCCCCUCCGUCAGUGCUGAUCGUGCAGGCCUGGGAAAGAUCGCCGUCGAUGCAGCAUUACAAAAAAUACAUAAAUCGCAAAAUCUCAUCAGAAAAAUUGACCAUGAAAAAGCAUAUAACAAAACAAAGUAUCAGUUUGAUUCAUGCUUGGAGGAAUAUGAUGAUGCAUUGUCUUAUCUUAAGGAGGCCAAGUUAUAUUUCGGUGAACACGUCUUCGAAGAAGCAAGUAGCCAGGCCUCGGCAGCUCUUACUAUGAUGACUACAUGUUUAGAUGAUGCCCCAAGUGCACCACCAGAACUCACAGCAGCAAUUAACGAAUAUAAAGCUUAUCUUUGUAUAGUUCUGGCAGUUGCCUAUGUGCCUCGUAACGUAUGA